AUGGAAAUUUUAGGUUGUCACAAAAGUGAUGACGAAGCUCCUGUCACAAGAGAGCAACUCAAGGCGGUAAAUGAAAAACUCGAUUCGUUUCUUCAAUCAUCCAAGGCUUCAUCUACUGGAUAUUAUUCACAAGCGACAAUCAAAUCGUUCCUUGAGACCCUUACGAAAGAGCAUUCCGCCAACCUUGAGAAGAUGAACAAGGCAGUUGAUUUAUUUGUUUAUAGCUCCUUUGAGUCUAACACCGCGAAGACUAAUGAGGUUAUUUCUAGUCUAGGCUCAACUCUCAAAACCGAGAAGGAGAAACUUGAAGUAGUUUGCACUAGUCUUCAAACUGACUAUGUUGAGUUUAAUUCCUCCAUUAUAUCGAAGAUCAUAAAGCUUCAGGAUGACUUAGCCAUGGAGAGAAAAAUCAUGGAUGCACUUGCUAUAAAGACUGAAAAGGUGAAAGUCCUGAUAGUCAAGUCUGUCUUUGCCAUGAUCAACCAACUGGAGGGUGUUCCAGAAUUUGGCUUAAUUCCAAAACUAAGAGGAGAAGAUGUGAAUCAAUCCAAGAAGGAAGACCCCAAACCUUCAUUGAAAACCACUGUCAAGGCCAAAAGCAAAACCGAACCAAAAGGCAUAGAAAAAGAUUUUUAG